AUGGAGGACAAGGUCCGGGAUUUGAAGAUAUGCAUCAUCGGAGCAGGCAUGGGAGGGCUGACAUGCGCUCUUGCGCUUGCGAAGAGAGGCUUUCGAAAUAUACAUGUGUACGAGUUCGCGCCAGAUCUCGGAUUUGUUGGUGCUGGAAUUCAGCUUGCACCCAAUAUGGCCAGGAUUCUAGAUCGGCUUGGAGUCUGGGACGAUAUUCAACGUGAGGCAGUCGUCCUUGCAGACACGUCAAUACGGCAAGGCAGCUCCGAUGAGGAGCUCGCUAACGUUGAUCUCGGCUAUGUUGGUACUACCUACGGCUACCCUCAUAUGGUAGGUCAUCGGUCAUCGCUGGCAGGAUCAAUCUUCGCAGGGUGUCAAAGGGAGGCUGCAGUCAACUUCCACUUCUCGACGUCGUGUAGCGACCUUUCCUCGUUCUCACCUCGACCAUCCUUCACAGCCAAGUCGGCCUCAGGGUCCGAGAAGGUGGAAUGUGAUGUACUCCUGGGCGCAGAUGGGGUUAAGUCGCGGACGCGAACUGCAUUGUUGAAUGCCAUCCACGCCACAGCGGAGGUCGAGGACUCUGGACAAGCGUGUUAUCGUAUCAUGCUCACACGUGAUGAGAUGGCGCAUGAUCCCGAGCUGCUGAAGCUUAUUGACACGGACAGAGCAACAAGAUGGAUAGGUGCAAAGCGGCAUAUUAUUGCAUAUCCGGUCUCGAACAAGUCGAUAUAUAACAUCAGCACUGCUCAACCUGAUGUAAACUUCGCCGAUGCACCGUCUGCCACGUACACGACAAAAGGAUCUAAGUCAGCCAUGCUUGACGUAUACGCAGACUUCUGUCCAAUGAUACAGCGAAUGCUCAAUCUUGUCCCUGAGGGGGAGGUCUGUGAAUGGAAACUGCGGGUCCAUCAGCCUCUGCCGACAUGGGUCCACGGAUCGGUGGCGCUCGUAGGAGACGCAUGCCAUCCUACGCUCCCUCACAUGGCGCAAGGUGCCGCUCAAGCAAUAGAGGAUGCUGCCGUACUCGGAGUCGUCCUAUCGCGCCUACCCGACUCGGAGCCUGACAGCAUUACGAAGGCUCUCAGGGUAUACGAGGUCGUUCGAAAGGAGCGUGCAGAGGCGCUCGUGGCGUUGGCUGCCAGCUCGGGGAAGGCACUUCAUCUUGGCGAAGGUGCUGCGAAAGAGGAGCGAGACAAGCAGUUCGCCAAAUUUCGUCAGGGCGGCAAAGGUGACGUGCCUGACAAGUGGGCGGACGCGGACGUGCAGAAAAUGGUGUAUGGCCAUGAUUGCAUGACCGUUGCAGGCGAUGUGUUUUAUGAAGAGUUCGAGAAACUCUCCUGA